GAAGAUAGCCAAAAAUUUAAUACAUUGUUAUUUAAUUAAAUUAUAUAUAACAAGAAAUUAUAAUUGUCUGAUCGAUAAUUCAGUACCCUCAACAAUACAAUAUCUAUUUUAACAUUGUAAUUGAUUCAACUUUAAUUUCAGAGUAAUAAUCACGCAAGACUUUCGUAAGAUUUCUGAACAGCUAAAUUAUUAUCUAAACUGUCAGAUAAUAUCAACCAUCUCUCAUUUGGAUAUUUAGUAAACAUACAAAAUAAAACUUUAGUAUUGUGAAGUUAGUAUUGAUAAAAUUGAGGAAAACGUCACGCAGUGUGAAUGGAUGACAUAACCUAUAAAAUUAUUCUAAAUAGUAUUAUUAAUUUAAAUAAAAUAUUUGACGACAUGGCUUGUGAAGCCUGUUCAACUAAAUUCACAUUAUUUAAAAGAAAAAAACAAUGCAAGGAUUGUCUGAGAUUUUUUUGUACAGAUUGUGUGAUUAGAAGAGGAGACAGAGUUUUAAGUUGUGAUAAUUGUAGUAUGUUGUCUAGAAGACCACUUAUUAAAUCUCAAGUAUUGACAAUGAAAUCAAAAGAUCUCAAACAAUAUCUUAUGGCAAAAAAAGUAUCGCUCAGAGGAUGCGUAGAAAAAGAAGAUUUAGUCAAUAUUUUAAUGCGAUAUGCCAACGGAGAAAGUCAAAUAGACAACGAAUUAUUAACAAAUAAUGUGUCUCAGCCAUUAAGGCCGCAGGAAAGACAAAGUACACCACCUGGUUCUCCACCAAGAAGAUCUAGAAGCCCUCCAAUAAAUGUAAGGCAAACUGUUGAAAGUCCACAAUCUGAGCACGAGCCAUUUUUUCCGCCUAGAAAUCAUAAUGUAGAUAUAGAAGAAAUUUCAUCCGAAGAGGAUAUUAGCCCGUCACAAGGUCCUGAACCUUUAAUAACAGAACAAGAGCAAGAGCAAGAGCAAAAUCUUGAGCAAGUACAGCCAGAAGUAGAUCCAGAAAUAGUUAUUCAAGAAGAAGAAAACUCUCCAGAAAGUUCUAGGAGUAGUGAUCCGUCUGAAUUUAAUGAGCUGCCUUCGUGGACAGGUAACGUGAAGCUAUCUGACAUAAUGGAAAGAUCAGAUUUAGAAUAUCUUAAUGUGAAGCAAUUAAAAGAUCUCCUCAGAUCAAAUCGAGUUGAUUUCAAAGGUUGCCUUGAAAGAUCAGAACUUCUUGAUAGAGCUUCUAGACUUUGGGAUGCUCAUAAACGAUCGAGAGAAGAUUUAAGUGCAGAGGGUCUUUAUGAUGAAAGCUUGUGUAAAAUUUGUUGGGAUUCACCUAUUGAAUGUGUAAUAUUAGAAUGCGGGCAUAUGGCUUGUUGUAUAAACUGUGGCAAGCAAAUGAAUGAGUGUCCAAUUUGUCGUCAAUAUGUUGUAAGAGUUGUGAGAUUUUUCAAAGCUUAAAUUAAAAUAUUAAGUGAAAAAAAGAAA